CGUGGCCACAGAGUCUGCGCGGGUGACGUGAGGAGUGGAGUAUGGAGCAGACUCUUGACGGACGUGCCGCGAAGAACCCGCCGUCUACCCAUGUAUUCCACCUUGGCGGACUCUCCACGGCUAAGUCACAACCAUCUGGAGCGACGAUGGAUGGAGGGUACAACCCUCCUGGCAAUCCGGCAGUGUCGAAUAAACUCCCAUCGCCACGUCAUAUCCACCACCAACAACACCACGGCGACGUAUAUCUUGCGAAGGUGAAAGCCGAUGCUCCCGCGGCCAGUGGUGGUGCGUACUAUGCAGCACCGUCGUCAUCGCAUUCAAGCAUCCAACCACCGUACAAUCCUAAUGUCAUGCAUGGGAACAGUAGUGGAAAACGGUACUACAACCCACACCUUAUCAAUCCACCGCUGCCUCCACUUCCUCCAACGAACACCACUCCACUCAAUCCUGUCCCCACGCCAACCUCUAUGUAUCCCAAACCAUCUCCUUCCGACUCUUUUCAUCGUCCAGUUCAAGAUGCCACAUAUCACCGACCGCCGCAGUCGAACCAUGUGAACACGGUGAGCCAUCACCGCCAUCCAUCCUCCGCUCCACUUCCUUCGUCGUCGCACAAUAUGGAACAAGUCAAGUGCCACCGUUGUGGUGACAAAGGUCACAUUGCUCCAUCCUGUCCCUCCCGUCGCUCGCAUCAUCACUCUUCGUACUCGAAACACCAGCCUCGCACAUGCAAGUACUGGUUGAACGGGAAUUGCCACAAAGGCGAUGACUGCACAUUCGUCCAUGCAUUAGUCCCUGAUGCGAACGGCCUCUACUAUCCACCUCACAUGCUUCGUCACACUCACCAAGGAACUAUGUACCCUCCGAUGGACCAAACCUUCUACUACCCUCCGCCGCCGGUUCCGCAGCAUCAUGUUGGGUAUGGCUACGAUCCAAACAUCCACCACAUUGCGCUGGGCUCGGACGACGCUUACGAGUACCAGCAACCAUCGGAAGUGUACCCAGGGCCAAGUGUGGCCCAAGCUGGGUAUGGCGGCGCUCCUUACUAUCCAUACGACACUUCUUACGGGCACUACCAAUACCCAGGACAAAGGUAUGCCACCCCUCCAGCACCAGCAGUGUAUCACCCCCAACAACAGCCACCGCCACCUCCACCGCACCACCACGCAACCUCAACCCACCCCGCUAAGAUGUACAACUACCCUCAACCGCAUCACCACUCUACACCACGCAAUAACUUCGCUCAUCCAUAUCCAACUGAUCCUGCUGCCUUGGGCCAGCCACCAUACAACUCCCCUGUAACUCGCACGUCCCCUCCCGAUUCUUUCCAAGGCUGCGUUGACGACGUGUCGGAGCUUGUGACGUCGUUUGCUCACGCUGAUGUCAAUGCGGCGCCCUCUGUUGCCUUUGAAGUACCCGCCGUCGUCUCUGCAGCACCUUUGUCCAAAGAAAAUGCCAACGUGGCGUCUGCUCUCGCUGAAACGACGCCUCUUGAUGACAAACCGCCCUCUACAGUGUCCAUUCAACGAUCCACGUCCAAGUCGUCGGUCGCUUCUCCGACGGACGUCAGUGGGAAAGGCACGAAGAAGAAGAAGAAGGCGAAACCGAUGCAAUCGUUGUCGUUGACGCUGCCCCCACUGACUGAAAAGGGGCUGCGCAACGACUCGGGGGAAAACAAUUGCUUUCUCAACGUCGUCGUGCAAGCGCUAUUCCACCUCGAGACGUUUCAAUCGCGAUGGACCGAAACUACGGCGGUGCCGCACGAAUGUGCUGGCGAUGGACGGUGUGUGUACUGCUCCCUGGCGAGUGUGUUUGCCCUUCUCGCCAGUGAUGCGGAUGGCGAAAGUGACAAGACUGGUGGUGUGUCGUCAGAUUCGUUGCGCAAGGUCUUGAGCGCGAUCUCCACCUCGCCGCUUCCGGCCGCGGAAGAGCGGUACAAGGCUGGCUCGAUGGACGACGCCGCCGAAGCACAUGAAACGAUCCUGCGGUCCCUCCACGAAGCCCUUGCGUCGUCGUCGGUGGCGUCGCCAUGCAACUGCCUCGCCCAUAGCGUGUUUGGUCUAUGGGUCGGCGAAGAAGCCGUGUGCCCGCUGUGCCAAACGUCGAUGGCGACCCCGCCGUACGAUGCAAUGAUGUUGCACGUGGCGACGGAAGCGAUCAAGGAAUCCGCGGCGAACAAGUCCAAGGUGUCCAACAAAGCUGUGGUGAAGCGCUUUGACGACCUCUUGGCAACGGUGUGGGCAGCAGCUGGAAGCUCGAAAAAAUGCACCACCUGCCGCCACGACAAAGUGUAUGAGUCCCGUCUGCAGCUGAAGCAAGUACCACGGGUGUUUACGGUCGGGCUGACGUGGAAAAACAAUUCGGCCAACAUGGCGACACUCAAGUCGAUCGUGACAGCGAUGGAGUGUUCCGUUCGGCUCGGCCGAGUUUUUCCGAACAUGGUGGCGGAUGGCCAACUGGGAGGCCCCGAUGAAGGCCAAGCAACGUUGCUGGCAAUGUAUUGCUUCUUCGGCCACCACUACAUGGCGUUCAUCUACAAGGCGGCGACUCAGGAGUGGUUGAGCUUCAAUGACACGGUCGUCCGGCGAGUGGGGACGCGUUGGAGCGACGUGCAGGCCGCCUGUCUCGAGGUACGUUCUCGUCGCGUGGAGAUAUUUCGAGGCGGUGAAUAAACACAGGGUGUGUAUAUGUAGAACCACUACCAACCGUACGUGUUGUUUUACGACGUCGCCCCGACAAAACCAAAGGUCAGCAGCGACGAUCGGGUGCUCCAGUUCACGAUCGGCGAUUUUGUCAUGUCGGUCGCGUCCGAAGUCGAUCGUGAGAAUUGGAAAGCCACGGAUGUUGACGCAAACGACGCGGCAGAACCAGUCACAGCCCAAGAAAGAGAUCGACACCACCUCCAGCCUUCCCACCUCAAGUAGGUGGAGAGUACGUUAGAGACCGAUAGAAGAGUAGCAUCCACCCCCACCGUUCCUACAUGAGGACACGUCCCUUCAAUGAACUCUGUAUUUAACCACGCCGCGUCCAUCGCUCCGCCGUAGAUCGCUGCCGCCCUGUCGCUCCGCCUGAUUGUUGU